AUGAAAAGCACCACCCUGGACAGCCAAACACCACCCUGGACAGCCAAGCACCACCCUGGACAGCCAAGCACCACCCUGGACAGCCAAGCACCACCCUGGACAGCCAAGCACCACCCUGGACAGCCAAGCACCACCCUGGACAGCCAAACACCACCCUGGACAGCCAAACACCACCCUGGACAGCCAAGCACCACCCUGGACAGCCAAGCACCACCCUGGACAGCCAAGCACCACCCUGGACAGCCAAGCACCACCCUGGACAGCCAAACACCACCCUGGACAGCCAAGCACCACCCUGGACAGCCAAGCACCACCCUGGACAGCCAAGCACCACCCUGGACAGCCAAGCACCACCCUGGACAGCCAAGCACCACCCUGGACAGCCAAACACCACCCUGGACAGCCAAGCACCACCCUGGACAGCCAAACACCACCCUGGACAGCCAAGCACCACCCUGGACAGCCAAACACCACCCUGGACAGCCAAGCACCACCCUGGACAGCCAAGCACCACCCUGGACAGCCAAGCACCACCCUGGACAGCCAAACACCACCCUGGACAGCCAAGCACCACCCUGGACAGCCAAGCACCACCCUGGACAGCCAAGCACCACCCUGGACAGCCAAGCACCACCCUGGACAGCCAAGCACCACCCUGGACAGCCAAGCACCACCCUGGACAGCCAAGCACCACCCUGGACAGCCAAGCACCACCCUGGACAGCCAAACACCACCCUGGACAGCCAAGCACCACCCUGGACAGCCAAGCACCACCCUGGACAGCCAAGCACCACCCUGGACAGCCAAGCACCACCCUGGACAGCCAAACACCACCCUGGACAGCCAAGCACCACCCUGGACAGCCAAGCACCACCCUGGACAGCCAAGCACCACCCUGGACAGCCAAGCACCACCCUGGACAGCCAAGCACCACCCUGGACAGCCAAGCACCACCCUGGACAGCCAAACACCACCCUGGACAGCCAAGCACCACCCUGGACAGCCAAGCACCACCCUGGACAGCCAAGCACCACCCUGGACAGCCAAGCACCACCCUGGACAGCCAAACACCACCCUGGACAGCCAAGCACCACCCUGGACAGCCAAGCACCACCCUGGACAGCCAAGCACCACCCUGGACAGCCAAGCACCACCCUGGACAGCCAAGCACCACCCUGGACAGCCAAGCACCACCCUGGACAGCCAAGCACCAAUGCCAAGAAAGGUCUUUGA